AUGAGCACAAAAUAAGGAAAUUCUCAAAAAGCAACUCAAUCAAAAUCUAAAUUAUCUAGCGAAGUAAAUAUUAGCAAAUAAAGUAAAAACGAAUCUCACUCAAUUACUAGAAUAAGCGAUUAAGUGAACACAAAAUUAGACUAGAAAAAAGCAUCAAAAGUAAAAAGUGAUAAACAAGAUAUAGCAUCAAUAAUAUUCUAAAAAGAAAAAGCUAUUACUAAACUUUAAAAAUAGCUUGAAAAAGAGAAGAAAGAUUAUGAAAAAAUCAGAUAAAAUGUUGAAACUAACCUCAAUUAACACAAAAUUUAAGCUAAAAAACCAAGACCUUAAACUGCAUCAGCUGCUAAUAAUUCAAAAAGAGAGCAAAACUCUUCACAGAAACUUAUAGAAGAGAUUAGAAGCUAAAAGCUGAAAUCUAUAAAUUCAAUUACUUCUACAGGUAGUGCAAAUCGUGAAAAGCAAUUAAAUGAAGUGCAGAAAAGUAUUAAAGAAAGAAAAGAACAAGAGAAAAAUAAGCAAAAAUAUGAGAACAGUAAUGUAAAUAAAUCUUUGACACUAACUGAUUAUGAAUAGGCUCAUAAUUCAUAAUUAAGUGGAAAGGGAGCUAUUAAUUAUAACAUUAAUAGUGGUUAUUCGCCUUACGAUAAUUAUUUAAAAGCAAGAGAAUGGGACGAUUAAUCUGCACUCUAUCAAAAAAUUAAAGAUAUUAGUUAAAUCAACUAUACUCCAACUGAAAACCGCUCACUAUUCACUACAGCUAGUGGAGUCAAGCCAGAAGCAGGAAAUAGACUAAAUUAUUUACAUAAUAAAUAUAAUGUGCCUUAAACUAACUUAAAUUAGAGUCCAUUUAUGUAAAAUAAGGUCUUGUAAUAAGCACUUUCUGCAUAAAACUAAAAAACAAUAAAUGAACUUUAAGAUAGACUUGAUUCAAUUCUUAAGACAGGAGGCAUAGCAGAAGAACAGAGUGAAAAUAAAGCAUUCUAAAAACCUGAUAUAGAUAAUUAUGAAUCUCUUGAUUAAUUUAAGAUAAGGAAUAAAUUUGAUAAUUUAAAUGAUAAAGAAUAAAAUUAAUUGUAUAAAUCUUAUGAAAAGAAUAAUUUUCUUAACGACAAUUAAUCAGAAAGUGAAUAAAUUUAACAAAAGUAUAACUCAGAAAAUCAAAACGGCAACACUCGUAAUUAAACAUUAAUUUAAGAUUCAAUUGACAGAAAGGUAUUAACUCACUCAGAUAUACAACAGCAGUAGUUUUCUCUACAAUCAUUUGGUUUAUAACCAAGUGUUGACAAAAAGAAAAGAUAAAAGCUCAAAUACGAAAUAGCACCCUCAUUUUAAGAUUCUGUAAGUAAUUUCAAGCAAAGUUAUCACUAAAGCGAGCCAACUUCAAUAAAAAAUGGAAAAAAGAAAAUGAUAGACAAUGAAAUCUAACUAUAUCAGCUUUAGAAUGAAAGACACGAAACUGAAAUCUAACAAUUAAGACUUUAAGUUAAAAUUCUAGAAAAAGAGCUCAAAGACAAAAAGCAAGAAACUCUCUAAAAAGAAAUCGAAUAUAAAGCUGAACUAAAUAAUUUACAAUCUGUUUUAGCAUAGAUAGAUAAAGAAAAUAAAGCUUUAGAGUUAAAAGAGUAAGAAACACAAAUUCUAAUUAAAUAGCUGAAUAUAAAAGAAAACGAAGUUAAUGAGCUAAGAGCAUUUUACGAGGAUAGACUUCAAAACGAGUAAUAACAAUUUAAUUCUUAAAAAAAAAUUUGGUAAAAAAUCUAUCAAGAAUUAUAAGAAGAGAUUAACAUCCUAAAACAUGAGCUCAAUUAAUACAAUGUGCAAAUUAAUAAUGAAUCAAUAGCUACUAGGCAUGCAGAUGUGUAAUACAUAAACUUUGUAGAAAAAUACAACUGA